AUGACAGUGAGUCAAAUUUGGGGUUAUCAUCGAAAUCCAUAUGUAUUGAAAGCGAGAGGACUUUAUUCGCGUCGUAUUGAUCAACGUUUACGAACGUAUCUUGUCAUGGAACAUCACGGUCCGGGAAAAAGUCAUGCACCAACAGCAUAUGAUGUACUACGUGAACCACGAUAUAAAAUUAAAUGGGAAAAAGAUUGGAAUGAAAAUACAGAAAUUGAUAAACAAAGUAUAUUCAAAGAAAUUAAAUUAUUCUUCGAAAAACGAUCAAAAAUGACUGUCGUUGAACAACCCUGCUAUACGUUGAUCAAUACCGGACAAGAUCUCGAACCACCAUCGGAAAUGGACUUGCGUGUAGAUCUAGAGAAAGGCAAUGAUAAGACAAAAGCCGAAGCGUUAAAGAAAGUCAUACAAAUGAUGUUAAGUGGUGACAAAUUUCCAUCUCUAUUAAUGAUAAUCAUUCGUUAUGUGAUGCCAUCUCAGGAUCACACAAUUAAAAAGUUAUUGCUGAUAUUUUGGGAAGUAGUGCCCAAACAUUCAGCUGAUGGCAAAUUGUUGCACGAAAUGAUAUUGGUUUGCGAUGCCUACAGAAAAGAUCUUCAACAUGCAAAUGAAUUUAUUCGUGGUUCAACAUUACGCUUUUUGUGUAAAUUAAAAGAACAAGAAUUACUUGAACCAUUAAUGCCAUCGAUACGUGCAUGUUUAGACUAUCGUCAUUCUUAUGUUCGUCGUAAUGCUGUUCUGGCCAUAUUCACUAUAUAUAAAAAUUUUGAUUUCUUAAUCCCUGAUGCACCAGAAUUAAUAGGAAAAUUUUUAGAUGUUGAACAAGAUAUGUCGUGUCGGCGUAACGCAUUUAUGAUGUUAAUACAUGUUGAUCAAGAACGUGCAUUAAAUUAUUUGUCGAAUGUUAUUGAUCAAGUACAAACAUUUGGUGAUAUUCUGCAAUUAGUUAUUGUCGAAUUAAUAUAUAAAGUUUGCCAUAGUAACCCAAAUGAACGUGCACGUUUCAUUCGUUGUAUUUACAAUCUCUUGAAUUCAUCAUCACAAGCCGUGAGAUACGAAGCAGCCGGUACACUUAUUACACUAUCAAGUGCACCGACAGCCGUUAAAGCAGCAGCAAGUUGUUAUAUUGAUUUAAUCAUCAAAGAAAGCGAUAAUAAUGUGAAGCUAAUAGUAUUAGAUCGUCUUAUUCAAUUGAAAGAUAUACAAGCACACGAGAGAAUAUUACAAGAACUUGUGAUGGAUAUAUUGAGAGUAUUGCAAUCACCGGAUAUUGAAGUUCGACGAAAAACAUUACAAUUAAGUUAUGAUUUAGUUACAUCAAAAACGAUUAAUGAAAUGAUAUUAUUACUAAAAAAAGAAGUAUCGAAAACCCACAAUGCACAAGAACAUGAAGAUAUUGAAAAAUAUAAACAACUAUUAGUGAGGACAUUACAUCAGUGUACAAUGAAAUUUCCAGAUGUGGCCGGUACAAUUAUACCAGUUCUGAUUGAGUUUUUGGCUGAUACAAACGAAUUAGCUGCGCUCGACGUAUUAAUAUUUAUUCGUGAAGUAAUACAACGAUUUUCGAAUUUAAGAGAUAUAAUAAUUCAACGUCUAUUAGAUGUUUCUUCUCAAGUAAAAUCUGUCAAAAUAUUACGUGCAACAAUAUGGCUAUUAGGUGAAUAUUGUUUAACAGUUGAAGAUAUUCAAAAUGCUAUGACAUUUAUUCGUCAGUCAUUGGGCGAUUUACCCAUUGUUGAUGAUGAAAUACGUCGUUCAACAGGCGAAACAAGAGAUGAUGCUGAUACAGCAAUGACCGCCAAUGUCCAACCUUUAGUAACGGCUGAUGGUACCUAUGCAACACAAAGUGCAUUCGUUCAAUCACCAUCAAAUACAGCAACGUCUCGUUCCACAACAUCUGAUCAACGUGGUGGUCGUACAGUACCAACAUUACGGUCGUUUUUGUUAGACGGUGAUUUUUUUAUUGGUUCAGCUUUAGCCACAUCAUUAUGUAAAUUAGUUAUAAGAUAUAUCGAUUUAGAAUCAGAUCAAAUAAAACAAAAUCGUUUUUCUGCUGAAGCCAUGUUUGUUAUUGCAUCUAUAUUACAUUUGGGACGUACAGGAUUACCUAAAAAGCCCAUGAACGAAGAUGAUCAUGAUCGUAUGUUAAUGUGUGUAAGAAUAUUAAAUGAACGUUUACCUCUAGCAUUCCACAUAUUCAAUGAAGAAUGUCGAUCAUCAUUAGCUGAAAUGUUGACAACAAAAGCACAAGAAGAAAAAGAUCUGGAAAAAAAUCUUUUACAUGGAAAAACAACAUCAGUUCAACCCGAUGAUCCAAUACGUUUUAGUCAAUUAUUAACAGCAAAUGAAUUUGAUGAAAAAGAAGAUAUAUUAGAUACAAUGUUAAAACAAGCCGUUGGCAUCAUUCAAAAGAAAGAUGAAGAUAUAUUUAGUUCAUCAAAAUUAAAUAAAGUAACACAAUUGACCGGAUUCAGUGAUCCAGUUUAUGCUGAAGCCUAUGUAAAUGUUAAUCAAUAUGAUAUUGUUCUUGAUGUUCUAAUUGUUAAUCAAACAUCAGAUACAUUACAAAAUUUAACAUUAGAAUUAGCUACAUUAGGCGAUUUAAAAUUAGUUGAAAAACCACAAUCUAUCACAAUGGCACCACAUGAUUUUACAAACAUUAAAGCAAAUAUCAAAGUAACAUCAACAGAAAAUGGCAUCAUAUUUGGCAACAUUGUUUAUGAUUGUGGUGGAUCACAAUCUGAUCGUAAUUGUGUGGUAUUAAACGAUAUUCAUAUUGAUAUCAUGGAUUAUAUUGUACAAGCAUCAUGUAAUGAUAAUGAAUUUCGUCAAAUGUGGAUUGAAUUUGAAUGGGAAAACAAAAUAGUUGUUAAUACAAAUAUAAAAGAUUUACAUUUAUAUUUACAGUAUUUAUUAAAAUCAACGAACAUGAGAUGUUUAACACCGGAAAAAGCCUUAUCAGGCGAUUGUGGAUUUAUGGCUGCAAAUUUGUAUGCAAAAUCAAUAUUUGGAGAAGACGUAUUAGCCAAUGUUAGCAUUGAAAAGUCAAGUGUGAACGUUGAUGCACCUGUCGCUGGUCACAUACGAAUUAGAGCUAAAAGUCAGGGGAUGGCAUUGUCAAUGGGUGACAAAAUUAAUAUGACACAAAAAUCUGGUUUCAAAGGUUUGUCAACUAUGUCAUCGUUGCAUAAAUAA